AUGGCGUCGGCCUCUCCCCUCGCGCCUACUUUUUAUGGGCAUAUCGCCUCGACUCAAGAUGCUCUAAUGUUAUUUGAGGCCUGCCUAAGUGGCGCUCUAAACCAUGUCGCACGCCGACCACAUGAUCGCGAACGCGUCAACCUCAUCAAAAGUGGCAAUGUAUUCAUCUAUGAGGAGCAUUCGUCGGGAAUCAAACGCUGGACUGAUGGGGUACCAUGGAGCCCAAGUCGCAUCCUAGGAAACUUUUUAGUAUAUCGAGAGUUAGAACGACCAUUUCCACCCGGUGAGAAGAAAAGAGCCAUGAAACGAAGUAAACGGUCUCCCGGUAUCAACAAGCCAGAUCCGUACCCUAGUGUCAAUAAUACCAUUAAUUCCGCCUACAGCCCAGUGAUCAACACGGCCUACGAAACCUCCAGCGCGACAUCCCUAAGUAAAGAGACCGAACGCUCGCUGAUCGGAUCUCUGGUUGACUCUUACGGCUUUAAAGAGGAAGGCCUUGUCAAGAAGACUGUUAGUGUCACGAUUGGUGGGGUCUCGCAUCACCUAGUAUCAUAUUACACCGUAGCGGAUGUUAUGAACAAUAAAUUUACCACCCCCUCCAAAGACCCACGUUUUCAACACAUUGUCCCCCGACAGGACCUCAUCUCUAAACAGAAUUUCAGGACGCCUAUCGACGAAGUAGACUCCAUGGAUCGAAUUGAUGAGCGUACCGUCUACGCCUAUCCAUAUGCACCCCGAAACGGUUACGAAAUGACCAACCAAUCUAUCUCACGACCACUUCCGCUACCUACCCCGCCCCUCUCAUACUCAAACAGUUCAGCCAUAUUUGGUAAUUACAGUGUAGCCGCUCCCGGCGUCUCCUACGAAACUCUCGCAACGGCCCAGGCCAACCCAACUUAUGCCACUCAGUUUGCUGCGACACCCGGGAUUUAUACGACGCACACCAAGACCGAGAACUACGAACUCGGUGGUUAUCGACAGCAGCGAUACAACUCAGUGAGCAGCGUUCCCUCAGACUUAACUCGUGGCCACAUGCCUGCCGCAGCCGCAUCGUUUGCUCGGCGCUCGUCGAAUUAUGAGCAGGCGAGCUCAAUCGAUUCGGGCAUCUCAACCUCGUCAUCAGAUUCGAAGCUGACGAAUGAUUCGGGCUACUCAUCGCAAGGAUACUUUAGUGGGCUGCGCGAGCCAAGUUAUGCACCGCAACGUUCCCUCCCGACGCCAACUCAGGCCAGCUACGAUCGCGCUCCUGCGCCCAUCUACCACGCGGUUGAUGGCUCUACACUCAAGGAUACUAUGUGGUCGAUGGGCAACGUUAGUGCAGGUCACGGACAUUUCAUGAACACGCCACAGCAAUGGGCCAGUACGGGUACGUCAUGA